UCUUUAAACAAACUUAGGGCAGGACUGGCUGCUUCCCUUCCCACUGCUCUGUCGGAUCCAGACAAAAGGAGUUUGCAGGACUCCCAGACAUUCCUACCUGAAACCAAGGCUCAGAUCCAGCUGUCACCAUGUCAAGCAAGCGUGCCAAGGGGAAGACCACCAAGAAGCGCCCUCAGAGGGCCACCUCUAACGUGUUCGCCAUGUUCGACCAGUCUCAGAUCCAGGAGUUCAAAGAGGCCUUCAACAUGAUCGACCAGAACAGAGACGGUUUCAUUGACAAGGAGGAUCUGCAUGACAUGCUGGCCUCUCUGGGUAAGAACCCUUCUGACGACUACCUGGAGGGGAUGAUGAGUGAAGCACCAGGGCCCAUCAACUUCACAAUGUUCCUCACCAUGUUUGGAGAGAGGCUCAAUGGAACGGACCCCGAGGACGUCAUCCGCAACGCCUUCGCCUGCUUCGAUGAGGAGGGAUCUGGUGUGAUCCACGAGGACCAUUUGAGGGAGCUGCUGACCACCAUGGGCGAUCGCUUCACAGACGAAGAAGUGGAUGAGCUGUUCCGUGAGGCGCCCAUCGACAAAAAGGGCAACUUCAACUACGCAGAAUUCACCCGCAUCCUCAAACAUGGUGCCAAAGACAAGGAUGAUGAAUAGAUGGAGGAAACAGCUGCUUUGGGCCCCUGCACACAUACUGCACCACAAACCAGCCCCCAGUUCCUACCUUUGUGGACCUUGUAGGUUUGAGACAAAUUAAAUAGGAAUGCCUGCAACAAUAUUAUACAUCUUACAAAAGGGCAGAAGUAAAUUUACAUUUAUUUAGGUGGAAUCUGAGACUUAUAGAAAUAUUCUGCAAUACUUUUUUUUAUUGUCAUUGAAGGUUCAUAUCCGUGAAGAGAGGUGUGUCCAAGUAUCUGCAUCUCAUUGUUUCCUGCAGCUUGUCUGAUCUUUAUAGGGAAUUGUUUGGACUUCUGAGAUGUAUUAAACACCAGUGUGCAUGUGUGUGCAGGGGUGUUCGGACUGUCAGAUUCAGUAGUACAAACAGGACCAGCCAUGUUUACCUCUUCCUAUUAGCUACCACACCCCACAUAAGCACUGCAACAACACUGUAAUAUCGGCAUCCUUGUAUGAUGAAAGUGGAUGAAGUGAAUGGUCAUCCUGAUUGUUUGCCAAUCAAAAGUGGUGGAUACUUCCACUUGAUGAAAUGGUUACAAGAGCUUCUAGUCCAAACUUAUAUUGUCCUCUCGUCAGCUGGUUCUGUGUUUGUUGAAGGAUCAGGUACAGCACGUUUCUGUUGAAGGAAUUCAGUCUUUAUUGCUCAGGCAAAUAAAGUAUGUUGAUUCAUGCUAUUGACCACAAAA